CUCAUUUCAAGACUUGCCUCACUCCAGAGAGGUUCUCUCUUGAGCAUCUUCACUCUCUAGCUUAAAAAGUAUCAAUUAAUGUGAAAGACAGUCCUUUUAGACUCAAUGGAACAUCAAUUUGCACCUAUUCUAGCUGAAAUACAUCCACCAGUGCCAAUUACCAAUGGAGAUCCCAUGUAUCCUAUGGAGAAUUGGAUUCUGGACCCCAAUGCCAUGGCAACAUAUUCUCAUUAUUCACAGACCAUGAUUCAACCCAAGAUAUAUAACACCUGGCCUUCUUGUCCCCAAUACUGGCCUCAAAUUGUAUUCAUUCAAGUUAACCCGGGAGAGGUCCUUACCAUAAAAGCAGAUGAUGGGUCGGUUCAGCACAUUCAAGGACCUGCAGAAGUACCUCUGGUAGCACCAACCGGUAAUUUGCCACCCAUAUACCUUCCUCCUGGUUACAUAUCUCAGGUUGUGGAAGAAAAUGGAAUUCAGAAAAUUAUCAUUGUGCCCCAGACACUUGACCACAACAUGCCCCUGAGUGCUCCUGUGCAUCAACUGUCACCCUUCAUAGCAGCACCACAGUUCACAUACCCACAGGCCCCUCAACUUAUGUAUCCCCCAGUUCAAGGGGAAUUUCCAUUACCUUACAUGCAAGAACUUGUUCCACAGCAGAUGCCACCUCCUGCACCGCUGCCACCACCGCCACUGCUACCACCACCAGCAACAUUUAUGUACCAGGAGCAUCAUGAAACCUAUCCUCAUGGAAGAGUAAAUUAUAACCAAUUUGAUGAAAGGACUGUUAAAAUGGGAGAAUAUUCCAAGAAGAAAAUAAGAGAUCGCCAAUUUGGUGAACUUAAGACUAGCUCCAUGUUUAAUGACACUCCUUUGCUUCUGAACAAAACCAUUGACAUGUCAUCUAAUUCUAGUAUUCUGUAUCCUUACACUCCAGGCAUUGACAUUGAUAACAAUACUUCAAGCACUUGCUCUCUGAAUACCAUCUUAAGCACUUGCGCUAUCGACAAUACUCCAAAAAACUACAUUGCUGACAGUCUUCCAGACAUUAACACUACUGACAAAAUCGCUAGUUCCUCUGAUCAUGUCCCUAAUACUUCUACAUCAAACACUACUCUUUGCUCUGACACCAUUAAUAAUGCUCCAGGCUCUUCCAGAAUUAGUCAUAAUCCAGUCACCUCUAAUGGAACUCAAAAAUCAUCAAAUACUGAUAGUACUCCAAGCGGUAUUUCCGAGAGUACUCACAAUGCUUUAAUCUCUAAAAAUACUCAUAUCCCCUCUUCAAUUAAUAAUGCUCUCAGACCUUCUGGUGCUGCCAGCAUUUCCAGCAAUACCAGGGUUUAUACUGAAAAUAAUCAUGGAAAGAGAGAGAAUAAUAUGGGAGGUGGAGACAAUAAGCAGAUGUCAGGUGGAAAACAAAAGAAGAAACAGUCGUCAAAUGCAGCCCUAAAAGAAUACAAUACAGAGUACAGAACGCAACCAUGCUGUUUCAACAUUGAAAAACCUGUGGUUUCUGACAUCCAAACACGAUCUGCUACUGUUUCAUGGAAUCGGAACAGUACUGAAAACAGUGACCAUAUUAAUUCUCCUGUGACAUUUGAAUUGGCACUGUCUAGCAAUGGUAAAAAUGGAAUCUAUAAAAACAUUUAUACUGGUAAAGAAGUUACUAUGGCGCUACAUGACCUACAGCCCUGCACAGUCUACUUUUUAAGAGUUACAACCAUAAGAGACGGAGAACACAGAAGUGUGUCUGAAGCAGUUAGCUUCACAACACCUGGCUGUGAACCAGACCCUCCACUUGCACCCAAACUAAUUAGCAGAACCAAGAACAGCCUGAAUCUACAGUGGAAAGGUUCUAAUGACAAUGGAUCCAAAAUAAGCAGCUUUCUUUUGGAAUGGGAUGAGGGUAAAGGUGAAGAGUUCAAAAGUUGCUACAGUGGUCCCAUGAAACAGCACAAAAUUUUUAAACUGACGGCUUCCACGAAGUAUUCAUUCAGAUUAGCUGCCAAAAAUAACUUCGGCUUCAGUAACUUCAGUGAAAUAGCGGUCUUCUAUACAUCAGGAAACACACCUCCAGCACCGCUGCCACCUAAGUUGAAAGAAGCAGGAGUCUACAGUUUGUCGCUAGAAUGGUGUGCCCCAACAAACCCAAAUCCAAAUGACACUCUUACUUAUGUACUAGAGAUGGAGGAACCAAGAUCUGGGUUGGGGUUUAAACCUAAAUACAAUGGAGAAGACCUCUCCUGCACCGUAAGAAACCUUCAGAGAAAUACUGCAUACAAGUUUCGGAUUUUUGCCUACAAUCUAGAAGGAAGAAGCAACUCCAGUGGAGAAGUAAAAUAUUCUACUUGUCCAGCCAAGCCUGGAUACCCUCAAAAACCAUAUGUAGUGGGAACAAUCCAUGCACAUCAAGUAAAAAUUGGUUGGGAUUCCCCCAAAGAUAAUGGUGGAAUGCACAUUUCAAGUUACAGUUUAGAAGUCAGUAAAAACUCAGAUGGUGCAAAUGUCUGGAAGAUAAUCUACAAUGGCACUCUCCAGGAAUUUCUGUAUGAUAACCUCCAACCAGGAACCACAUAUAAACUGAGAGUCUUUUGUACUUCACCUGUAGGCCAAAGCCAGCCUUCUGAUGUAUUGACAAUUAAGACGCCUACUCUGCCUCCUGAGUCUUCUCGUUCACUGCCCUUAAAUGGUAAAACCAAGUGCAAAGGCAGCAACUUUCUCCUUGACAAUCGUGCUGUUAAUGGGAACUUGGAAACAGUGGUGCGUGGCAAAAAAGCAAGUGGCCCCCGGAAUGACAGAAAGGAGAGCCCUGGUUCUGAAAAGAAAUGUGCGAUUCCUAAAUGCAAUGGUGCCGAAAUCACAGAUUACCGACUGCAGUGGGGACAAGUUGAAGAUUCCAUGCAUUUGAUUUACACUGGCCCUUGUUUGCGCUAUGAAGUUAAAGGUCUCAUUCCAGCAACCACAUAUUUUUGCAGAGUCCAGGCUGUAAAUAUAGUUGGGGUUGGAAUGUUUGGAGGAACUGGAAAAGUAACUACACCAGGAACCGUACCCGCCAUCGUUCCAAUGUUACAAGAAGUUGAAGACAAAGUGCCUGCCAAAUUGUCAUCAUCUUGCAUAGCUAUCCAAUGGGAGGAACCAGACUGUCAUGGCUCUCCAAUCACCGGAUAUAACAUCGAAUAUGGAGAUAAAAAAAUCUUGACUGUUGAUAGAGUAACAGAGUGUAUUCUAAAAAAUCUACAGCCUAAUACUACAUACAGAAUCAGAAUUCAAGCUAUUAAUCAUUACGGACUAAGCCCCUUUAGCCCACCAAUAAGAAGUAAAACCAAACCACUACCACCAGAGCCUCCACUGCUUGAUUGUGUAGUCUAUGGACACCAAAGUCUCAGGCUCAAAUGGGGCAAUGCCUCAAGCAAAAAGUCACUUGCCAACCUCAUAAGCUACAACUUAUUAAUGGAAGACCGAUCUGGCAGAUUUUCUGCCAUUUACCAUGGGCCUGAUCUCACUCACAAAGUGCAAAAAUUGAGUGAAUAUACACAGUACAAGUUUAAAAUCCAGGCAUGUAAUGAAGCUGGUGAGGGACCACAGUCUGAUGUCUACACUUUCACUACAACAAAAACCCCACCUGCUGCGCUUAAAGCACCUAAAUUGCAUCCACUGAAUAACAACAGUUGUGAGAUCAAAUGGGAUUCCUUGGAACCAGUUAAAGGUGAUCCCAUCAUUUACUGUCUUCAAGUCAUCACUGGAAAGAAACCUGAACAGAUUUACAAAGGACCGAACACCACCUUUUCCUUUUCCAACUAUCUUGCAAAUUCAAGAUAUCGCUUCAAAGUCUGUGCCGGACGCCAAUAUGAAAAUUCUGAUGGUGUGCAAGAGCUCUGGGGGCCAUAUAGCCCCAGCACACUCUUCUCAACUUACAAACAUCAGUCCGGGCAUGGCAAAGGCGGUGGAGGCAAAGGAAAAGGCAACCACAAUGACAAAGAUGAAAAGUACAAGACAGAAAUGAGUGAUGAUACCUUUGUUCUAAUCCUUCUGAUAGGAUUUGCACUUAUUGCCAUUUUGUGUGCUGUUGCAAUUCAGUACUUCCUGAUUAACUAGUCUAUUCUUUUAGGAAGUAGGAAAGCACAUCAAACUUAGAAAACUUUAGAUACAUCUAAACUAAUACUUCAAAAUAAAGCUUACUGACAGAAACUAAUAACGGUAAAAGAACUGCCUUACUAUCCAAGAGCUUUUAAUGUGACAGUAGAAAAGAUUUUUAAGGAAAUAGGUGUACUUUGAAUUCCAUCAUUUUUCAACAAAAGAUUACAUUAUUAUACAAAGCAAAGGCCAUUUUGUUGAAACUAUUUCCUUCUUAAUCUUUUCAAGUCAAACCUUUCCAAAAUUCUGGGACUAUGAGAUAAUAGCAGUGUUUUGGAAUUCUAUUUGGAACAAAAUGAGAAAAAUCACUUCUAUGUGUCCAGUUAACAUCCAUAUGAAGCAAUAAAACAUAUAUACCAAA